UCAUCUGCAGGGAGGGAAAAAAACACAUACACACACCCUCCCACAUCCACACGUCCAACUGUGCUGAGAGCUAGCUUUAAACAGCUUCACACGAAAUAGAGACAAAAGGACUGUAACCUGCCAGAAUGGAGGAAAACAUGGAUGAAUCGCAAAGCCAGAAGGGCUGUAAGGAGUGCUGUGAGCGAUGUGUGGGCAGUCUGCCCUGGGCCUCGCUCAUCGCUACAGUUCUCCUCUAUAUGGGCGUGGCCUUAUUCUGUGGGUGUGGCCAUGAGGCUUUAAGUGGCACCGUCGCCAUCCUCCAGAACUACUUUGAAGUCAUCAGAGCCCCUGGACAAACACUGGAUGUGUUUACCAUUAUUGACAUACUGAAGUACAUCAUCUAUGGCCUUGCAGCUGGAUUCUUUGUGUUUGGAGUGCUGUUGCUGGUGGAGGGCUUUUUCACCACUGGAGCUAUUAGAGAUCUCUAUGGAGAGUUCAAGAUCACCGCAUGUGGACGCUGCCUGACUGCAUUCCUGAUGUUCCUGGCCUACCUAUUCUUUCUGGUGUGGCUUGGUGUGACAGCAUUCACCAGCCUGCCAGUCUUCAUGUUCUUCAACAUUUGGUCCAUGUGUCAGAACAGCAGUUUGGUGGUGGGAACCAACCUUUGCCUGGACCUGCGUCAGUUUGGAGCGGUGACCAUCUCUGAGGAGAAGAAGGUGUGUACAGGAACUGAGAAGUUCUUCAAGAUGUGUGAAUCUAAUGAGCUGGACUUGACCUUCCAUCUGUUUGUGUGCGCAUUGGCAGGAGCAGGCGCUGCUGUCAUCGCCAUGGUUCAUUUCCUGAUGGCUCUAGCUGCUAACUGGGGCUACCUGAAGGAUGCCAGCCGGAUGCAGAAGUACGAGGACAUCAAGUCGAAGGAGGAGCAGGAGCUGCAUGACAUCCACUCUACACGCUCCAAAGAACGCCUCAAUGCCUACACAUAAACGCAUGCUUACAAGAAACGACACACGCACACACAUACCUGUCAGACACACACAAGGAGAUACAUGCACACACACACACACAAACACACACACACACACACACACACACACACACACACACAGGGCCUGAAACAAGCCCAAGGAGAGACACAUGCAGUAUAUACAUGAGCGAAUAAACAAUACAGACAUACAUUCAAACACACAAAGACAAGAGUAGACAGAAAUGAGAUGCUAACAAUGAUGAAUGCAUAAACACCAUCAUCCUCAUGUCCGCAGCAGAUCAGCGGCUCAGGUGGUCUAUGCUAACACUUUAGCAUCCACUAUGCUGGUUUGCUCCUUAAUGUAGAUACUUUUGUUCCUGACAUGUGAAUUUACUGUAGCUUUAACUUCAAAGUGAAAAUUGAAUCCAGACUAAUACUUUCCUCCUCCUCCUCAUCAGGAGGUGGUGCUGGCAAUGGCACAGUGUGCACCACUACAAUGAACUGAUGAGGAGCUAAUUGUGUGAUUAGUCAAAUAAAUUUGUUCCAAUAAUUGAACAUUAGCUUUAAGGAGUUGAUGAUAUUUUCUUAUGAAAACUUCUUAAUAUAAGAUUUUCCAGGACUGCUCUGUGCCAUUCCUAGGCACGCCGUCCCCUUUAUCCUCAACACCCAAAAAAAUCUACUUCUCAAUGUGUGAAUGUGCAUGGCAGUCAACUGCAAAUGGCCUAAAAGAAAGAAACAAAAACAAAACCACCGCAAGCGGCAGAACUGCUGUUAGCUGCUAGCAUGACCCACUCACACCAGCAAUCUACAGCAGGCACGCGGAUGAGUCUGGUGUCUAUGAGCUCAUCAUUUAACACAGUGGCUGUUCAACAGGACACUGUCACUGUAACCCCAACAGCCUCAGUACUUGCAGCACACACAGCACACAUGAUUCACCUACAUGUUCUCACACACACUCACACAUUGAUGUGGCUGAAUGGUCAGUGUUGUGCAGGCAGUGUUGUAUGGUGGUGUCAUGCUGUGUUGUGUCGUUUCGCCACUCUAUGAUGACUGGUAUUGCAGAGAAGUGUAGUCCCUGAGGAGAUGUGUACCUCCUAGGCACAAAUGGGAAGCUUUGCUAACGUUUCCUGCCCUCCCCUCUCUUUUCCCUCCUUUCUCCUCCGACACCACCCUUCCUCCUUCCCCCCACUCAUCCUGAGCCUAGUUGCAUUAGUUGUUCCACACGUUGUUGUUACACAUACAUACAGCACAGUGGGGUUGGGUUUUCAAAAUGAAAUACAGUUAAGUGAGUUUAAUAGCAAAUGUAAUAACAAUAUUAACUGCUAACCUGCUAAAAUAUGCACAUGACUUAUGUCAUAAGUAAAUCCAAAUUCUCAUAAUAUUGCUGCUUUAUUUGUAUUGUAUAUGAAAUGCCAGACUCUUGGUAUCAGAGUCAGAGCACUUCAUAUGGCAGUGGGGAUUUCCAAAAGGCCGUGUAAAACAACUGGUGAAACAAGGCUCUGUGUCCUUCCUCUUUCAUCUCCACUUUGUAUAAACUGGUGAUUUUUCCUCAGAAACAGCACAUCUGAGCAGCACAAAGUCUUUUUAUCGUGUGUCUUAGUCUCAUCAGUUUUUUUUAUAUCAGUAUUAUUUAUGUGUAAUUUAAGAAUGGGGGGGGGGUAAUUUAAUAUGGGCAAGUGUUGGAUAUGGGUUAUAUCACUUUCAUGUUUCCAUGUAAUGAAUUGUGUAUUUUAGUGGUUCUGCACACACACCCACACACACACGUACACACACAAACGCACAUCUUGAGAGUAUCAAUGAUUUCAUUUUGUCGGCAUGUUUUUUCUUUCAACAAGCCCUAAUGUGAGCAAAAUAUUUUUGUAAGCUGAAUUUCACUGAUACUAAUGUUCAACUUGUCACUGGGUGGCUGGUUGGUAUCAUUAUUUUCAGUUAGAGUAGAAGUCUUUAAAGAUUUAGGAUUCAAUUUUUAGCAUCAUUUGAAGGCUUUGGCUGAGUUUGUAAGGUGUUUACAAUGGAUGGUUGUGAUGCAGUGCUGGGAACACUGAAUUAUAAAUUUAAGAAAAACUAGAAUUACCACUUCGCACGUGUAUGCCUCCACCAACCAGUCAAAUUCACGGGAAUGGACAGAUAUGAGGUCAUUGACCUUGGACUCUGACCUUUAACCACCAAAAUUGAAUCAAUCUAUCCUUGUUUUGCCAAAUUUGAAGAAAUUCCCUAAAAGUGCUCCUGAGAUAUUAUGUUCACAAGAACGUUGCGAGCAUGAGGUCACAGUGACCUUUGAUCUUUGACCACCAAAAUCUAAUCAGCUCAUCCUUUAGUCCACAUGGACUGAGAUAUUAUGUUCAUGAGAAUCAUAUAGAUAGACAGCCCCUAACAUAAUGCCUCCGGCCAGGAGUGCUGCUGGCACGUAAGCAUAAAAAAAGUUCUGUAGGUGCUAAUGAAACCAGGUAAAAUGAGAUGAAACUCAGCCUAAGUAACUGCAGGGAUUGAUACCAAUGGAGGCAUGUUAUUGAGAAUGAAGUCCAACAUCACUGAUUUGAGAAUGGAUUUACAACAAUUUACUGUACAGGAUAGGUUUGUAGUUUUAAAGACUGUUCAACUCACAGUUCAUCUACUGAGUUUCAUCUGCUUAUGUUUGCGAUGCUGUCAGCAGCACUGUCUGGAUGCAACUUUGCAAUAUUUUCAUCAUUUUUCAUUUAAUCUGCACAGAUUGGAUUUUAAAUAUUUUCAUGAUGGAGUCCAAUUCUAAGCAUAGUCAAGUUUUAAUGUUUUUAAGAGAACUGAUUUAACCUAGAGAAAUGAUGCCAAAAAUCAGGAUAAUGUUGAUCCCAGUAGAAGAAUGUUGUUCUUAUACAGUGUUUAAAAGGAGAUUUGAAAUUUGAUCCAGUUAAACUGUAGGGCUGUUAUGUUUGUAUUAUCUGUUAGGUAGUGUUGAACCAUCCAUUAGAGUAAGAUAACUGUGACGUCCUGGUUCUAGCUGUGAAGGAAAGCGAUGACUCUCUAUCGGCCAGUAGAGAUGACUGAGAGGGAAUUCAGUUUGUCUUCAGAACGCGUAUUGUCCUGAUGAUGUGACGGUGGUGACAGUGGUGAUGACACUGGUGUUACUUGAUGAGACUAUCAGCACACGCACACGCUCACACACACACACACACACACACACACACACACACACACACACCUCCACCACCGCCAUCAUUCUGAGCCAUAAUUCUUUGCUCUUCUACUUUUCACCAAUAUCAUUUCACUAUUUAAUUAUCAACUUUUAAUCUCUGAAACUGUUUAAAUGUGAACUCAUUUAAUUUGAAAAAAUGAAUUUGUUUUCCUUUUGUUGUGGGCAGUAUUAAGCACUGUACCUACAUUAACGCUGUAUAAAGAUAUACAUAUACUGUAUGUGAAACAGUUGAGGUGAGCAGCCAGGAGAAGGAUUUCCUGUUGCUGGCAGAGUCUGGAGGAGCUGGUUCACACCCAGUGUCCUGAGCUUCUACUUUCUACAAGAGCUGCAUUUACACACACAUAAAUAAUGGGAGCUUUCUUGAAUGAGAAGAAAUUAUGUAAAAAUAAAUGUGUGCCACGGAUUGUCAGGUUUUGAGAUUCUGCAAGAUGUUUUUUACAUGGUAAUGGAUAUCUUGACUAAAGGUAGUAACUAGAAUUACAGCCUCAUGGUUUUAUGCCUCUGUCAGCCAAGCAAAUUCACAAGAAUGAGACCUAGUUCUUUGACCUUUGACCAGCAAAAUCUACUCAGUUAAUCCUUGAGUCCAAGUGAAUGUUUAUACCAGCUUUGAAGGAAUCCCCUCAAGGCAUUCACUAGAACGGGGUGGACAGAUGGACAACCUGAAAGCAUACUGCCUCCGGCCACGGCUACGCUGGCUCAGAGGCAUAAAAACAUUUAAAUAUUUUAAAGUAAUGUUUUAGCAGUGUUUGGCAAUAAUGUAGACUAUACAAUAUGUUAUUUGUGGUAAAUAAAGUGAAAUGUCCAAAAACAUCAGCAUAGUACUUCAAGAGGCAGAAAUGUUCGCAAGAUGGCACCUCAGGCACUGACCAUAUCAGAGCAGUGUCAUAUGAAGGCUGUGACCACAUGGAUCUCAUAGUUGGCUGUUUGAUUUUAAUAUUAGUCAAAGAGAACCUGUGAGGUUUCACAUGUAUACAGAGGAUACAACCAUGUGAACAAAACAUGCAAUAACAUCUUUAGUGGCUGAUUUUUCAUAGAGGCAUUAAAGCUAUGCUUGCCUGGGAUUUUCUCACAAACCAUACAUAAUCUAAUUUCUUCCAAGGCUGUAUAGGUAAAACAGAGUUUUGAUCUGUUUCUUUGUGUUGUGUAAAUGCAGCUGAAUAAAAAGAAGUGUCAACCAUCAGUGUCAGUGAAGGGAGACUCCAUCAGACUCGUGUCCUGUUCAGGUGCAUCUCAGCUGCAUACAGUACAGUCAGUAUUUUUAAGGGUCUAGUUUUACAGUAACAGUAUUCGACCAUUUCAUUGCCUGACAAUGGAUGUCUUGUCAGUGUUUUUAACCUCAGAUAAAAGGGAAAAAAAUUGUUUUUGUGCACUUAUUGACCAUUGUGAGCUCUCUCUCUUAUUCUUGGUGUGUAAGUGCAUUGAGAUCCCCAUUGUGGGACCUGUGUAUAGUCUUGCAGCAUUGGUUAUAACCUGAAGAAAUAAUGAUGAAAAUGAAUGAAUUCAUAAUAAUGAAGAUAAUCUUAUACUAGGUUAAAAAAACAAACAAAAAAAACAGUAAUUCUAGUUGUUGUUUGUGGCAUGGUUAUGCAUUCAAUGGUCAUAAUUUUAAUGAUUAAAACAAAACAAACAAAAAAAUAUAAUUCUUUCCCACUGGCGCUGUUCUGCUGCUUUUGUUUCAUUUUCCAUUUUUCAGUGUGCAGUAUUGCGGUUCUUCUUGCUAAUGGUGUUGCUAAGCUAACUUGCUUUCUCAGUUGUUUAUCACCAGAGCAAUAUAUUGUAGCAGUUUGACAAAAUCAAGAUGUAAACAAGAAAUCCAUUCCCGUAAAUUUCUGGCAUAAAAGUGCAUGAAUCUAUGAUUGCAAGUCUUAAGUGAUAUGAUCAUGGUGUUAUUUAUUGUUUAUCCUAAUAAAGCGGAUUUGCGGUGUAAUGUAUUGCUCUGGCCACCCAUUAUCCUGCUCCCACCUCUGCUCACAUCCUCUUCCUCUCCCUGGGAGUUUAGGCUACAUUCACACCACAGCUCCUGGUGUCCACUAAAAGCCUAAAUAAUAAAUUAAGCUACUUCUAAAGCAAAUAUAGAGAGAAUCACAAGAGGAAUGACACCUGCGUCUAGACUGCUACACUCAGUGAAUGCUGAUACUUUGACUCAGAGGGAUGCUGGAAACUAACACUGGCUGAUAUCAGUUUCCUUUUGAAAUUCAUCUCCACUUAGGAAUAUGGCAAAAUAAACUUGAAAAUAUUCAGUUUUUCAUUUGUGUGAAGCAUCAAAGUCUUUGAACUGAAGCCAAAUCACAUAAAAACUAAGAUUCCCUAUUUAGGCAGCCAUGAACAGAUCUGUCUGCUGUUUUAAUCAGAAAGGGGAUGUGAGCUGCUUGCUCUCCAUUUGUCUCCUCAUUUAUUCUCUAAGUUACAUCUCCUUGUAAAGAUGAAUAUGUGUAUUGACAUAAUCCUGCGUCCUUCUUGUUUACCCACUGACCAUGCUGAACGUGGACUCAUGUUGCCAUUCCAUGAUCCUGCCCACACGCAUUUGUGACAGGAGUCAGGAAACCGUGUCUGCAUGGUAAAGCAUGAAUUUCAAUAACAUGAAAUGUCAUUUCUAACCUUCUGUGAGAAAGAUUAGAUCUUUUUCUGAUGAAACCUCAGCUCUGUAUGGCAGGAUGUAAAAUCAGAUCCUCUGUGCCUGAACAGAUUCAGCUCUCGUCCAUCAUGAACUGAACCAUGGAUCUAAAAGCUGAUGAUGUUGGUCGGUGACCUUAAACUGAUCAUCAUGUUUCAGAUCCAUAUGCAUUAUGUCAGGUUGGACAUUUUGGACGUUGGGAGUAGUUGUUUUUUUUUAUGUUUGUCCAUAAUAUUGGAGACUUUCUGUAAUUCAUUCUGGUUGCUUAGUAGCAGGCUUUAUCUGAUUCACUCCUCCACUUUUGUACAUAUCUGUGCCAACAGCUUGAGCAGACAGUGGCUUUUUUAUUUGUAAAGACAUAAAUUGCUUGCAUAUAUAAAUAAAACAAAAUAAUACACUUGUGUACUUGUUACUAAGGGAA